AUGGGCCGAGGUAACGGAAAUCCAGCUCCUCAUUCCUCCGAUCAAACCCCAUUCCAACAUCCAUCGCCACCACCACAAGGCUACCCAAACAAUCAUGAAAACCCACUAUCAGCCUCACCCUUUCCUUCACAACCAGAUGCUAAUUUGGCUCACAAUGAUCGGAAUCAGAGCCACCCUCAGGCCACUCGUUCAUUCGUACCUCAGUCGCCAGAAAGUAUUCCGCCACCUGAAGCUUACCCACCUCAGAAGCCACAUACGUACCCACCUCAACAAUCACCAUCAGCAUACUCACAUCAGCCGGAAGGUGCUAGUAUGCCGCCACCUGAAGCUUACCCACCUCAGAAACCACAUACGUACCCACCACAACAGUCACCGGCAGCAUACCCACCUCAGCCGGAGGCUGUUCAGUUUCCUCCUCAGCCACAGCCUGUUCAGUUUCCACCUCAGCAGACUAGUACUCAUCAACAAGCUUACACUGCUCCUCAAAGUAACAACUACGCCUUUCCUAAUGCUCAGCCACAGGUGGUGAAUUACGGUGUAGCUCCGACAGGAUAUCAAACGCCGGUUAAAAAUGGCCCUCCGGAAGGGAUUGCUGUUGGAACUCAAUACCUUGCUCCGACUCAGGAAUGGACGAAUGGUCUCUUUGACUGUGCUGAGGAUCCAGAAAAUGGUAAUUUCAACUACAGCUUCCAAUUUAUUCAUUUAAUUUAUUUCUUGAAUCCAUUUAACUCUUGUAUUAGUAUUAUUAUUUAUAACAUUUUAAGAUAG